AUGACCAGUUAUGUUAAUUAUUUUAGUUCACCAACACCAUACGUUAAUGAAGGCCUUCCUAAUGAAUUUGUUCGGAAGCUUCAAAGCGGUGAACUAACAGAAGAAGAAUCUUUUAACUUUUUAUUUGAAUACAUAAGUAAUGUAAUACAAACGAUCCCUUCCUUUAAAAACAUAUAUCCUAGUGUUAUCAAGUCAUCUAAAGAGAUAUUACAGAGUAAAUUUCCACAUUUCAAUACAUUAACACCUUUACAUGCAAUUGACGUCGAAACGUCAGAAGUCAAAGAUCAGAUACCCACAGACAAUGAUACUCUAAAAGAAUUCAUAGAAAAUCUCGAUGAAAAAUAUAUUUUUGAUUUUAUUACAAAGAUUCAAGACAUGGACAUAAGCUAUGAGAAAGUUUUUCCUUAUCUUAUUAGGAAAUGCAAUGAUUCGAACUACAUACUCAAUAAAUUAGUCCUAAUUAAACUACUUCUUCAGAAAAAUAUUGAUUUCCAGAUCGAUGACAGGCAGUUUAAUGCAUUUACUUACUCUGAGAAUCAGAUAAACAGCGUAUUAGAUAUCAUUGAUAACAAAGAAAUCAAUGAUGUACUUCAAUUAUUAUUAAAAGAUAGAAAAUCAUGUCAUAUUACGGAUUUCAAUGAAAACAGAGAUUACAUAUUGUUGUUAUUCAAUAAUGAGCUCAUGAUUUUCGAUGUCAGAGAGAAUUAUCUCGAGAGAAAAGAAAAAUCAAUUGAUUUGAGAGAGAAAAUUGGUGAACAGAUUGUUGAAGCUUAUGUAUAUGAUGAUGAACUACAUUUCAUAUCUAUUUCAAGCCCUUUUUACUUUUCAACAAAAGAUUUUAAUAUUUUUGAGAGGAAACCGCUUGAUAACGUGGUCUACAAUAAAAAUGAUACAUUAAGAGUUCACGAUGACAAGUUAUUUGUCAUUUCUUAUGACAAAAUAACUUCAUAUAAAAUCCAAUCUGACAGAAGCUAUGAUUCCACCACCCAGUAUUAUUACUUUGAUGAUUCUUUCGUCAUCAACAAUGCUGUCCAUAGAAUCUGCUUCAGCAAUGGAAAAUUAUUCCACUUUUCCUACCAAAAACUGACACCUGGCAGAUUUUCGACACUUCUUCCGCCAAUGUUUGUGUCUCCCUCGUACACUGGUGCUUCUUUGAUUACUUUGAAGAUAAUUCAAGAAAUGAAUUCUUCAAUUCAAGCGAUACUCGAGAACAAAGGCAGCAGAUCCAAUAUAGUUUCCAAUCCAGAACAAGUCAUUGAGUUUUCUCUCAAUCUUUACAGAGAAAUUGUUCAAAAUUUAAAUUUCGAUGAAAAAGAUCGAGACCAAAUCACCACAUUCUACAGAGUUUUCCUUCUUAGACUGAUUGUAUUAUGUAUGAGACAGAUAUUGGCAAAAGGAGAGAAGAUAAACCAAAAUACAAAAGAUACUUUUGUGAAUUACAUCAAAAGAUUCACAAGAGUCAAUGAGUUGUUGCAAAUAAUUGUUACAUUGAUACCAAAUUCACUAUAUAACAAGUCAAUGAACGAUUUCAUCAACUCAAAAUUGAUAUCAAAUUCAGAUGACUCUGUAAAAGAGAUGAUUUUGAAAUUCCCGCAUUCCAUCUUCUUUGAUCUCAAAGAUUUCCUCAAAACAAAGGACCUCCAAUUCAAAACUGAUUGGUUAUUGAAAUCAUUAUCUGCAUUUUACUAUUUUCUCAAUGAUGAAUCACUCGAUGAAGAGCUUUGUCCAUUCUUAGACACAGUCAAAGUGAUUCUCAUCGAAAUGCAAAAGAACAAAGACUAUAAUUCCAAAUUUGCUGAAAUAACAAGUUUAUUUUUGAUGAUUCUUUCUGUUUCGAAGUAUAAAGACAAUGUUGCAAGACAUAUUGUUGAAAUUUUCUCAGAAAAUGGAUGUAAUUUGUUGGAAUUAAUACUAAAUCACAAAGAAUUCAAAGAUUUCAGAAAAUUAGAUAGAAAUCUAUCAACAAAUGAAGUAA